AAAUUCAACAACAUAUUCUGGCAUUAUUUAUUGCUUCUCUGCUGAUUUCUCUAACCAUAUAUUACUCUUGAUCACUAUAUAAAAUUUCACUUUCCUUUUCAUUACUCGCACAUCUCUCCUUCUUCCUCUCAUUUCUUCUUCCCCUUCUCCAUCCUCCAUAAAUUAACUCUAUGUCUCGCCCCCCUCCUCCAUGCAUCACAUCCCUUCAUGCCCUACCUUCCAUUCUCGAGAGUACUUCUUGAUAAAAAAGAUUGAUUCAAGAAACAAACCCAUAUCUGAUCUGGGUUUUGUUUCUUUUUGCCCAUUUUCAAGUCUUAAUUAGCUUCAAAUUUACUAGUCCAAGCUUGAGAGUUACACCCCACCAAACUCCACAUUUUCGCUUCUUUUUUUUUGGGUUACGUACUAGUUUGAUUUUGCUCUUAUUAUAUAUUCAAGUUGUUUGAGUCGUGGGGGAUGGAUAUAUCGAUGGCUUUGAUGAUUCUAACAGCAGUGGUGGCUUACUCGAUUUGGUUGAGUUUCAUCUCGCGGUCAAUGAAGGGUCCACGUGUAUGGCCUCUAUUCGGCAGUCUUCCUGGUCUCAUUUGGCACUCUAGUCGCAUGCAUGAUUGGAUUGCGGACAACCUCCGCAAGUGUGGCGGCACGUACCAGACAUGCGUAGUUGCAAUUCCCUUAGUAGCCCGGAAGCAAAGCCUCGUGACUGUCACGUGCGACCCCAAGAACCUAGAGCACAUCUUGAAAGCCAGGUUUGAUAAUUACCCAAAAGGACCCAAUUGGCAGUCUGUGUUCCAUGAUUUGCUUGGUGAUGGCAUCUUCAACUCAGAUGGUGAAACGUGGCUGUUCCAGCGUAAGACGGCCGCACUUGAAUUUACCACCCGGACACUACGCCAAGCCAUGGCUAGGUGGGUGAGCCGAGCCAUCAAGCACCGCUUUUGCCCUAUACUUGAGUCGGCUCAACAACAGGCCAAGCCGGUCGAUCUUCAAGACAUGCUACUUAGGCUCACUUUUGAUAACAUUUGUGGAUUGGCUUUUGGCAAGGAUCCACAAACAUUGUCACUGGAAUUUCCUGAGAAUGGCUUUGCAGUGUCUUUCGACACCGCCACGGAAGCUACAUUGCAGCGCUUCAUUUUGCCAGAAAUAGUGUGGAAGUUGAGGAAAAGUCUUCGGCUUGGUAUGGAAAUGAGCUUGAGCCAAAGCCUUGACCACAUAGACGCAUACUUGUCUGACAUCAUCAAUACACGAAAGCUCGAAUUGGUUAAUCAGCAGAAAGGUGGCAAUGAGAACCCACAUGACGACUUGUUGUCUAGGUUUAUGAAGAAGAAGGAAUCCUACUCGGACAAAUUUCUUCAACACGUGGCAUUAAAUUUUAUCCUAGCUGGGCGUGACACGUCAUCAACGGCGCUGAGCUGGUUCUUCUGGCUUGUGAGUCAGAAUCCAAAAGUGGAAGAGAAAAUCCUCAUUGAAAUUUGCACCGUUUUGAUGGAGACACGUGGCAAUGAUACGAGCAAGUGGUUGGAGGAGCCAUUAGUGUUUGAAGAAGUUGACCGACUGACCUACCUCAAGGCAGCAUUAUCUGAGACCUUAAGGCUUUACCCUUCUGUGCCACAAGACUCAAAGCAUGUAGUUGCCGAUGAUGUUUUGCCCAGUGGAGCUUUUGUUCCGGCAGGAUCAUCCAUAACCUACUCAAUAUAUGCAAUUGGUCGGAUGGAAUUUAUCUGGGGUGAUGAUUGCCUAGAAUUCAAGCCGGAAAGAUGGUUAUCCUUGGAUGGCAAGAAAAUCGAGGUGCCGGAUUCUUACAGGUUUCUCGCGUUUAAUGCAGGUCCAAGGAUUUGUCUAGGCAAGGAUUUGGCUUAUUUGCAAAUGAAGUCAAUCGCGGCAGCUUUGUUGUUGCGCCACCGGAUCUCAGUGGUGCCGGGUCACCGUGUUGAGCAAAAAAUGUCACUGACAUUGUUUAUGAAGUAUGGUCUGAUGGUUAACGUGCACCCAAGGGACCUGAGGCCUAUAGUGGAAAAGAUAUGCAAAAAUGCUCUUACAAAUGGCAAUCAUGCUUGUGGGAUUGAAUCGACCACUCCUGUUUCUUAAAGGAAUAUAAUUAUUGGUGAAUGCACGUAACCACUGAUUUACGAAGGCCAGCAGAUUUUUGCCGCGUGGAUGCUUUAGAGUGUUUGUCCUGGGAAAUCAUCGUUGGUAUAUCUGUCAGGUUUUCUAGUUUCUUACAUGCAUGUAAUACUACUAGUAUGGGGUCGGAGUGAUCAAGAGUUUGUGUUUUUUUUUUUUUUUUUUGAGUGACUCUGUAUGUAAUAUAAGCUGCCAAUUAACUAGGCAAAUACACAAGUCUUUGUACUUGGUACGUAUUAUAUAUAUUAAUUUAUAUAAAUAAAAUGAAGUUGUGGUUGCA